AUGGCAUCAGUCUCCAAAGCAGCUAAAGGAUUCUCUAUCGACUUCUCGGGCAAAUGUGUCAUAGUCACCGGCGGCAACCGUGGUAUUGGCCGUGCCAUCUCCGAGGCCCUUGCUGGGGCAGGCGCACGCGUCGCAGUCAUCUACAGAGGCUCGAAAGAUGCAGUCCAAGUGGCGGAGACCAUCGGAAAAGAGAACAAUGUCAAGUGCAAAGCCUUUAAAUGCGACGUUUCUGAUGCAGAGCUCGUGAAGAAAGUUUUCAAACAAAUCAACGACGAGAUGGGUCCGGUCACCGGCCUAGUUGCGAACGCAGGUGUCUCCGUGGUAAAGCCUGCGCUCGAACUUACGAAGGAGGAUUUCGAUAAGGUCUACACCGUGAAUGUUCUGGGCGUGUUCAACGCAGCACGGGCCGCCGCGAAGCUCUGGGUUGAUGCCAAAUACCAGGGCGGAUCGAUUGUCAUCACGUCCAGCAUGAGCUCUCAAAUCAUCAACCAGGUCGCGUCCGGAAAGCCGCUCACACAGGUGUUUUACAAUUCAUCCAAAGCCGCCGUAUCGAAUCUCACCAAGGGGAUGGCAUCUGAGUGGGCACAAUACGCGAUACGUGUUAAUGCUAUCGGCCCCGGAUAUGUGGAAACCGAUCAGACAUCAGGAAUGGAGAAGUCGAUUCGAGACCACCAGGCGGCUCAAGUUCCACUAGGUCGCUUUGCGAAGCCACAUGAGAUGGCACCUCAGACCCUGUUGUUACUAUCUGAUUACGCGAGUUACAUGACGGGACAGGAAUACUUCGUUGACGGGGGUCAACUGGUUUUCUGA